ACUGCGGCAGUACACCGGGAAUUCGACGGACGACGACGAUGUCAUCCUGGAGACGACGUGCAUGCGGGAUUUCCCGACAAGGAUCACCAUCGGGGAAUCAUUCAAAGCCGUCAUGUUUGCCACUCGCGGAUGCUCGAGCGGAUACAUGUGUAUGCAGUUUAUAAAAUUGAACGACCAGAUUGUCCAACUACACCAAGGACGAUUAGCGAAAACAGUGGACGCGGCAUGUACGAAAUCAUACUUCAGCGUUAACCGCACCGACUGGACAACACUAAUCCCGACGGUCGCUUCCGGUGUAACAUGCCCCUUUCCGGGAGAGUACGUCGUCGGCCCGGUUCCCGUCAACAACGUGGAACCAAAAUGCCGGCAAGGAACCAAGAUCUCCAUUGGAUGCGCUCGGGAUUCGUUUGUACGCUUUCAGCCGACAGCGGCGGACGGCAACGUACAAUGCCCGAAACCGGUUGAAGAGAUCAACCUAAUGGAAUUCGUCUGCCACGGACACUGGAAGGAGAACGAAAUCUCGUUUUUCAUUGCCAGUGAUAGAAAAAAUUACUCAGCACGAUACUGCUUCAUGUAUCAAGCCGAGAGUGGAUCCGUCCGCAUCAGCAGCAUCCCGCAGCGCUGUCCCAAUCUGAUCAAUCCACAGAACGACCUCUUCAACGUGACCAAGUUUACAGAAUGUACAGCGUCCGCCGCCAACUCGGUGUCGUCCAUUUUUCAUCUUGUCGUCGGCCUGCUCUCUAUCAUCUUUUCUUCGCUGCUGCUGGGAGCGGGAAGGAGAUGAUACCCGGCAAAAAAAUUGUGAGGAGUGCUCAGUUUGCUUACCAAAGAGUCCAAAUCCAACAUUCUCAAUAGUCUGCGGUUGUUUUGCGUUUUUGAUUGGAGAUUUUUGUUGAGCUGUGAUAUAGACGUGAAUGGCAGGUUUUUAUGUUUGGUGAAGCGUGGCGGAUCAGUUUCCAUUUUUUUACGUUGGUCAUAAAAAAUUUACUACGCAGUACUGGGAACCCGGAACAACAUACGCAUAUUACAACGACCGCAGGCUGUAGUUAGAUCUGGUGCUCAGUGAA